UCGUGCAGGUUUUUUAUUUUAGUAUUUUUUUUUUUUUUUUUUUUUGGGAGGGGGAACGGGGGGGCAUAUGACAGGAAGAUGGGGAUAUGGCAAGGAGAGGGGGCUAUGGAGAGGAGGAGUAUGUGGAUGAGGAGGACGACGAAGAGGAGUCGAGAUGGGGGAGGAGAAGAGAUGGACGGAGGGAAAAGAGGAAGGGCAGGAGGAGGAGGACGAGUGGGAGGAGAAGACAUGGACGGCGAGGAAGGGAAGGAGACGAGGAGGCAUGGAAGAUGAGGAAGUACGAGGAGGAGGAGGAGACAAGGAGAAUGAGGAAGGGCAGGAGGAGGAGGACGAGGAGGAGGAGGAGGAGGAGACGAAAAGGAGAAGGGAGGAGGAGACAUGGAGGAUGAGGAAGGGGAGGAGGGGCAAGGUUGGGCAGGAGUUCUUUGUCCCCAGCAGCCCUGGCUGGCCGGCAUUUAUGAGAGUUAACCCUAUUCUUGACUGGUCAUACAGAGCAUUGGCAGUUUGUAUGCCACAGACGUCGGUUGGCUGCUUUCAAAGAUUGAGGAUUGAGUCAGUAGGACAGAAAGCACUUCGCCUGAUAAUGGAUGACGCAAAGGAUGGUGCCGAGUACGACGGUUAAAAAAAGGGAGGAGAUCCUUCGUUUGUAACUCAGCUGCUCUUGCAGGUCAUCAAUCCUUCAGAUGGUCUGACAAUCCUUUGGGUGGGUGGUGGAAUUGAUUGACAAGUUAAACCACCAGUACCCCAGGGGGUCUUAGGCCCCCUCUGGGGCGGCUCUGACGCAAAUGCAUAUGGACCCGUGCGGCGCACCGACUGGGGCACCGCGUUAACGGCCUAAGAACGUGGAGGUACUGUUGGUUUAAUCAGCUGUCUAUCGUCUUUGUUUCUCCUUGACAUUGAAGCCGGCUGCCUGAUGCCCUGCACAAUGGCAUCGUGUACCUGGCUAUGUUUUUUGACACUACGAGUCACAGGGUCAUAUUUGAGAAUUGACCACUAAGUCACAGGGUCAGAUUUGAUAAUUGACUACCAAGUCACAGGGUCAGAUUUGAGAAUUGACCACGAAGUCACAGGGUCAGAUUUGAUAAUUGACCACUGAAUCACACUGUGAUAUUAUAUGAAUUUGUGGGGUCAUAUUUGGUGAUUGCCCCUUGAGUUUAGGGGUCAUAUGCGAUAAGCUCAACGUCGAGGGUGGUGUAGCUGGUAGCUUGCCGUGGACUCGUGGAGUAAGAGGGGGUUGUGGACUUAUAUUCGACGGAAAAUUUUGGUCGCUGAGUUGCAGAGUUGUGGGGUCUUAUGUGAUAUAGCAGCAGGCUCAACGCAGAGGGUGGUACAAUCGCUAACUUACCGUGGAAGAAGAGGGCUGUAGAACUUGUAGGGUAGUAUUCGAUGGUCGGCCGCCGACUUGCAAAGUUGGACAACUUGCGGGGUCGUAUUUGCGAUUGACCGCCACGCUGCAAGAUUGCCUUCGAUAGAGUGGAAAGGUUGAGCCGUGGCAAGGUUAGUAUUGGGUAUCUGAUGCACUAGUUUGUGUGCUCGAGUUGGUAAACCACCAUCUUGUAGAUUUGUCGACUCGUCUAAAAGUUUGCAGACCGAUGUACGCAUUGUACGGUCGUACUGGGCUGCUUUGCAUGUCUGGUAUACCAACAUAACAAUUGGCACGUUGUUGUUAGACGGUUUGGCUCCUAUCUACUCUUGGUGAUCGGAAGAGCACAGAAAGUAGCCAUCCCUAGUACUUAGCUGGAUGAUUGAUUGGACGGCGGUGGCUGAUUGAUUGGAUGGUGGUGGCUGAUUGAUUGAAUGACGGCUUCACUAGUCAUCUAUGGUUGCCGUAUUCAAUAGUCAAUUAGUGUCCCUUUGGAUGGUCGAUUGUUUAUGGGUUAGGUUGCAGGAGCAUAUGGCUAUUUGAUAGUGAAAUGCGCUCUGCAAUCUUGCCUGGCUAUUGAAUAGCCGGCUAUGCGGGUUUGUACUCGAGAGGAGGGGAAAGCAAUAGCUGGCUAUUCGGUGUUUCAAAUGGACCUAAGCAAUCCUGCCUCUCCAUUGUUCAGGAGUUUGGUUGUAAUCUGCACUGACUAUUCAAUGGUCAAAUGCAUUCUACAAUCCUGCCUGGCGAUGGAGUAGCCGGCUAUGUGGUUGUGCACUUGACAAGAGCACAGCAAUAGCUGGCUAUGCAGAAGUCAAACGCACUUGGCAAUCUGGCUCUGCUAUUCAAUAGCCGGCUAGGCGUUGUGGUACUCACCAGGAGCACAACAAUAGUUUGCUAUCCGAUGGCCGAUUGCGCACAGCAAUCUUGCCCCUCCUAUUGAAUAGUCAUCUAUGUGGUUUUGUACUCGACAGGAGCACAGCAAUAGAUGGCUAUUCGCUCGUAGAGGAGCACAUCGGCAGAUGGCUAUUCACUCGUAGAGGUACAGCAGUACAGCAGAAUGAUCUGGUAUGUACCUGGUCUCUGGAGUUCUCCACCUGGAACCGGCUUUUGGCACCGACUUUUGUACUAGUCGACGGCCUUGGUUUACCCGGCGUGGGCGGCUAGUGCGGACGAGUGUGGGGUAAAUUUGCGUAGUCCACUUUGUCGGUCUCUUGUAUGUCGGUGACCUUUUUCUUGAGCCGCUUUCGUUGCGAAGUCCUUGGCCUAUUCUUGCUUCGUUGACAGGCUUGGCAAGUAGCAUUUUUGGUGGUGGAGGUGUGUGGGGUGGGGGGGGGGGGGGUUACGCACACCCGUUCCUCACAAUCGAGGAUGGUCCACACCCUCGCGCCAGAAUUUUGCAGGCUAUAGCUGACAGACGUGGGCCAUAUUAUGCGUAGCUGGUUGUUGUCGUCAACCGUACUUAGUUGACCUUGUCCUCUCUUCCAGUACAGAGAUGUCUGUCGUCGGCUAUUGUACUUAGUCGUGAGAGGUCUAUCGGCUAUUGUACUUAGUCGUGAGAGGUCUCGCCUCAGCUAUUGUACUUAAGCAACUGCUGCAGGUACAGAGAUGGCUGACGUCAGCUAUUGUACUCGGUUGAGAGAUGUCUAGCCUCAGCUAUUGUGCUUAGGCAACUGCUGCAGGCCUUGUGUGGCGGUCCCAGCUAUUUUUGCCCAUAGUCAUUGUUGGGUUUGUCGCCUAUUGUUGGCUAUAGUACUUAGUCAGCAGAUGUCUACCUAGCCUCAGCUAUUGUACUUUGUCAAUUGCUGUGGGAGUUUUCUGGCCUUGUGUGCCAGUCCCAGCUAUUGCAAAUAAUCGCGUCUAUUGUUGGCUAUAGUACUUAGUCAACAGAUGUCAACUGCCUCAGCUAUUGUACUUGGUCAAUUGCUGUGGUGUGCCUAUUUUCUGGCUGUCCCAGCUAUUGUACUUACCUCAGGAGAUGUCUAGCUUCAGCUAUUGUACUUAGUCAACUCCUGCAGGACCCAGCUUUGUCUCUCUGCUGUCGGCUAUUGUACUUAGUCGACAGAUGUCGCGCGCCUCAGCUAUUGUACUUUGGCAACUGCUGCUGGGCUCCUGGCCUCGUCUGACGGUUCCGGAUAUACUGGCCUCGUCUGAUGGUUCCGGAUAUACUGGCCUCGUCUGACGGUUCCAGAUAUACUGGCCUCGUCUGACGGUUCCAGAUAUACUGGCCUCGUCUGACGGUUCCAGAUAGUGCCCAUAGUCGCUGUUGGCCUUGCCCGGAAGUCCUAUAGCUAUUCCACAUACUAUAGCUAUUCCACAUAGACAACAAGUGUUAUGUGAUAGCUGACGACUAAAUGCUGUGACCUUGUUGCACGAAUAUCACUCUUCUGACUUCUGCAGGUCGUCGUAAGUUCUGCGCGAAUAUUUUUUUUGUGAAUGUUACCCGGAAUGUUCCUCCUCCUCCUAGUAGGCGACGGGGUGUCAGAACUUAGAAUUUUUCAGUUGUCGUCGGGGUCUCUUCGUGUCAACACCAACUUUUAAGUUCACGCCUUUCACGUUUUCACACUUUUCGUGUUUUCACUCUUUUCAUCCCGGAAUUAUGAACUGCUCAUGUCAGCCAACAACUUCAAGACUUGAAAAAAAAAGAAAUUAUGUUCAUCAGUUCGUUCAGCAUAUCAUCAUGUGUGAGCGAUUUUUUUUUAUUUUUUUUUUUUGACAUUUCUCGCUGUGUUCCGGGCCGCACUCCUGACCUGGGUGGUGGGAAAGAAUAUGAUUUUUUUUUCUUAGGAAAAUAAAUUUGUGUUUUAAGA